UGGUCGCGUCUGCAUCCGCUGCUCGCUCGCUCCUGGACAUCCACCGCACUCACCACACCGGUCCCAUCUGUCGCAUCCAUCGGUCGUGCGUACGAGAGCGCCGUUUAUCCCCUGUCGUCUAUCGCCUUCCGUGCCAAAGCUACUUCCAAUGGCCGACGCCGAAUCCCCGAGGCAGAAGCCCACCAGGGCCCUCUGGCGCCCGUCGUUCUCGCUGGCCUUCCACAUUCUGUUUGUCGCCAGACUCGUCGCCGCUGCUCUGUCCUCGAUCUCAGGUAGGUCUCGGCCGAUUGCAUCUGAUGCCGUCGGAGCAGAGGCGGAUGGCCAUGCGUGAAGCGUCGGCCAUUGUCUUGAUAGCGGCCACCCCCUCGACGAUCACGCCCGCAGACUGCGACGAGGUCUUCAACUACUGGGAGCCGACCCACUAUCUCCAGUAUGGCUGGGGCCUUCAGACAUGGGAGUACUCGCCGGUCUAUGCGAUCCGCUCCUGGAGCUACGUCCAGAUGCACGCCUGGGCUGGUAUGAUCCUGGAAACAUUCGUCACCAGCAACAAGCUCCAGAUCUUUAUCCUGAUCCGAUCGCUCCUUGGUGCCGCCUGUGCGUAUUCUGAGGCAUCGCUCUACUCCUCGGUGGCCGACCACCUGAGUCCUGAGAUCGGAUGGUAUCUCCUGCUUAUUCUCCUGGCAAGCACGGGCAUGUUCAUAUCUUCGACAGCCUUCCUGCCCUCGAGCUUUGCCAUGUAUCUCGCUACCCUUGCCUUUGCCCGAUCCUUUCAUCGGCCGUCGCGGACUCGAACACUCUCUGUGCUGCUGAUCCUGGCAACGGGGACCAUCUUUGGAUGGCCUUUCUGCGGCGCCCUGGCACUCCCGUUCCUGGUGGAAGAUGUCGCCUUCAACAGCGACACCAUGGUCGUGACUCGUGUUCGCCGGGUUAUCGAGGCCGGCGCAAUCGCCAUCAUCGGCAUUCUGGUGCCGUUUGCCUGUCUCGAGUACUACUUUUACCACAAAUGGACCCUCGUCCCGCUGAACAUUGUGCUCUACAAUGUGUUUGGAGGCAAAGAUCGCGGCCCUGAUCUGUACGGCACCGAGCCAUGGUGGUUCUAUCUCUUCAACGGCGUCCUGAACUUCAACGUUGCCUUCCUGGCGGCAAUCGCCAGCCUGCCCCUCUUGAUCCUUCUGUAUCCGCUACUCAAGAGCGAGAUCAAGAAACAGCUUCCGGGAUCUGGACUGGUUUCCUUGACCCUCAAGCUGGCAUACAUGUAUUUGUGGGUAGCCAUCUUUACGAUGCAGCCCCACAAAGAGGAGCGCUUCUUGUUUGUUGUCUAUCCGAUGAUAGGCUUUGCGGCUGCUCUCUCGCUCUGGCUGCUCCGCGAAACCGUUGUGCAGAGCCUCUCGAUCUCUGGGGUCACCAAGAGUGCCGCCCCUCGAACUGCAAGACUGCUCGUCCGUCUGUUUCUCCUGCUGUUUGUGGCCUUGUCGGUCUCACGAACUGCAGCCCUAUACUACUACUACCAUGCGCCAAUGACGACCUACAUUGCGCUCACCGAGCACAUCGCCAAGGCCAGGCAGGCAGAAACUUUGCCAUCUACUAACCUGACCGAGUUCCAGCCUACAACCGUGUGCGUCGGCCGCGAGUGGUAUCGAUUUCCUUCGCACUUCCUCUUGCCCGAUGCCACCCGCAUCCGAUUCCUCAAAUCCUCCUUCUCGGGGCUCCUGCCCAAAGACUUUGUCGAGGCGCCACUCAACCCAUCCGUCGUCGAGAACGCAACCAUCCGCGACAUUGCUCUCCAGUGGGUGCAACAACACCGCGAUGCCGACCGGCCUGGAACCUAUGAGAUUCCCACGGGCAUGAAUGACCUCAAUCAAGAGGAGCUGGAUCGAUAUGUCCCGAUCUCGACAUGCGAUUACGUUAUCGAUUCCGGUGCCUCCGGCGAUGACUCGGCACUACAGCACAUUGCCGAGCAUCCAGACCAGUGGGAGCAAGUCCACUGCGAGCGUUUCCUGGAUGUGGCCCAGACGUCUCGGCUGGCGCGCAUCUUCUGGAUCCCCGAUACUGUUGCUGCUUUGCUGGACGAGCACGUACUGCACCGCAUCAAGAUCCAGAUCGGAGAAAAGAGAUGGGUCGAUUAUUGCGCACACCAACAAAAACGUCGCUAGAGCUGCUCAGGGUCGUCGUCGCUGGCGGGUGUUGUCGUCCGGAACCGAAUCCACAGCAGCAGCUGUCGAUAACCACACUGCUUUGCCCAAACCGGCGCUGUGUCAUGCAAAUACACUCAGGUUUACGGCUCUCACAGAGCGAAACGGCGGG